AUGCCCCUUUCCGCAUUCCCCCUUCCGCAUUCCCCCUACCGCAUCCCCCCUUCCUCAUUCCCCCUUCCGCAUUCCCCCUUCCACAUUCCCCCUUCCCCAUUCCCCAUUCCAAACUCUUGGUCCCGCAUUCUCCCAUCCGCAUCCGCCUUCCCCCUUCCGCAUUCACCCUUCCCCAUUUCCCCUUCUGAAUUCACCCUUCCGCAUUCCCCCAUCCGCAUUCCCCCAUCCGCAUUCCCCCUUCCGCAUUCCCCCUUCCGCAUUCCCCCUUCCGCAUUCCCCCUUCCCCAUUCCCCCUUCCGCAUUCCACCUUCCGCAUUCCCCCACCCGCAUUCCCCCCAUCCGCAUUCCCCCUUCCGCGUUCCCCCUUCCGCAUUUCCCCAUCCGCAUUCCCCCUUCCGCAUUCCCCCUUCCGCAUUCCCCCUUCCCCAUUCCCCCUUCCGCAUUCCACCUUCCGCAUUCCCCCACCCGCAUUCCCCCCAUCCGCGUUCCCCCUUCCGCAUUCCCCCUUCCGCAUCCCCCUUUUUCCCCCCCAUGCCUCAUGUUUCCCCCCAUUCUAUUCCCAUGCCCUCCCUCCCCCCCCAGGCCCCAUGUUUCCCCCCUGCCCCAUGUUUCCCCCCUGAGACCCUUGUUCCCCACAUGCCAGACCCAUUUCUCCCCCCUUGA